AUGUCACCUGCAAAUAUGGAAUCGACAUCCCUUCCUCGACUGAACACUCAGCCAGUCCCACCAACACCUAUGACGGGCGACCAGCAAAUCACUUCUGCUCCAGCUAAUCAAACGAUAUUUGACGAAUUACCCAAUGUCACAUCGCCCAUACCUACGCCGGAACACACAAGUGAUUCCUCGGCUUUCCAGUACGAUGAUGGCGGGCGACAUUCGCCAUUCCUCUCUGGUUCACCUUCUCCCUCACCCCGCUCAGUGUUAUUAUCGCCAUCCAAAACUUCACCUACAUCCCGACCGCUCUCACCUGAUUUACCUACUCGAGAUGCAUUGUAUCUCUUUAGCAACUCCAGUAGUUAUAUGCGAUCGCCCAAUGAGGGUAGUGAAGGUUUGAGGGCGGAUGAUUUCAAAGAUACUAUAAGGUUGUUGGAACAUGCAAGGUGGUUAACUUCCCAACCCCAUUCCAACGUUCACAUCUUACAUCUCAAAUACCGCUUUCAAGGUCAAUCAACCCCUUUCAGAUCACCCUAUUCGACGGGUGAUUAUCAAUUACCGUUAAAUUACAAGGACUCGACUGGUCGAGUUAGGAAUCCCGUUCCUCAACCUUUCUCGGUACUUCAUGAUCCGGUAGUUAAGAUUGAUUACAUGGAAAACGGAGUGUUUGACCCAUUACCUGCUCAAGCAGUUUUCAGUCACAUAGCUAAGAUGUGUCAACCUCCUCCAAGAGUCAUAGUCAUCUCUUAUGUCUACUCAAAAGUGAUCGAGAACCACCUCUCUUCCCUCUCAGCAUGGGCUCUCACCUCUUCACCACCUGCGUACAUUUUCUCACCAGUCGAAACCCGUUUACGGGAAUCCCAACCAUUACAUGACGCCCUUGGUCAUUCAAUACCUAUGUCAAUGUACGCCUGGCCAAAUGAAGUAUAUCAAACUCCAUCAUCUAGUCUUUCACCUGUACAUACACCAUUAUACUCCAAUUCCGCUUCCACUUCGAGCCAUAGAUCUGUGAGAGUACCGAGUUUCGGUGUGAAUCCAUUCUCACCCAUCUCUCCUAAUGGUCAACAUAAGGUAGCGUUACCUCCUAUAUCUUUACCUGGUAAGGGUAGGAAGAAAGCUCAGCGUAGACGGAAAAUUCCCUUACAAGAUAACAACAAUACCAUCGAGGGAAAAAAGGAAGGACAAGGGGAAGAUGUGAACUCACCUAUACUGAUUACGAGGAGAAUAAGCGGUACGGAGUCUCCGAAUGAUAUUGUCGAUCGAUAUUAUGCUGGAAGAACUUCUCAAGUUGCUGCCGCUGCUUCUACCAAUGGUGGUCCUACUGGUGUAGGUGGAAGGAAAUAUAAAGAUGAUCCUAUAGCUUCAUUGACUGUCAUUUCAUCUUCUCCACCUACAGCUGAUGAAACUUCUACGACUUUAGAAAGGAAGAAAUCGAAUGAAAGUUCAAAUUCUCACAUUUCGCCUACCUCAGGCCAUGGUUUGUCGCCCGGUACAGUCCCACCUCCGAUUGAUAGGAUACCUCUGUGGCACCUCGCGCCAGGAGUUGGCAUCUUACAUGGAAGCACGUCAAGUUCGAUAGGUAUAAAGUUGAGUGAUUUCAGUGCGAUCAACUUAGUAGGUGAUAGUGGAAAUGCCGGUAUGAAUGGACAUGGGAUAUCCAAUGGUGAUAUAUUGAAGAAAGAAGUCAGGAAGAGUGAAGUUGAGGAAUUGGGUAUAAAGACUGAACAGAUAUCGAAUCUAAAUUAUCAUGAUUUACUUAAAGAUAACCAUUCUCAUACUUCAUUGCAUAUCAGCCAUACUCACGAUACUUUGAGUACAGGUACUGGCACUGACGCUGGUGGGAUAACAAUUUCAAGACCAUCGAGUACGACCCCUCUCCCUCAACCUAUUGGUAUACCUAAACCACCAUUCGAUCAAGUCUCAACGAGACAGAAAACCCAUGAUCAUGCACACUUGACUCCACCUAAUCAUCAUCCUCGUCCUGUUUUACCAAAUAGGGAUGUGUCAAUGGGACAAAGGAUAAAUUCAAAUUCGAACCCAAGUUGGCCUGCGCCCGUUAGUAGAGUACCUGAUUGGAGGAAGGGUAGGAAAGAGUUAAUGGAAGAUACACUUGAAGAGAUGGGUCUGGGGGAAGAAUACGAUAUGGAUCAAGGUAGAGAUAGAGAGAUACGAAUGGAGGACGUAGUGGAGAAUCUGGAAGGUUUAGUAUCAAAUCAGAACUCGGAGCACGAUCAGAACCAGGUUCUAGAUAUGGAUAUGGAUGCGACUGAGCUCGGCGUGAGGAAGGAAGCAGGAGAGUAUAUAGAAUUGAUAGAUCUCCUGGGAUCAUAA